UUGAGCCAGUACCCGCUGCCAACAUUGAUAAAUCAGCUGACGAGAAACCGAACGAUGGCAUGGCUUCGAAUGCGAUGCCAGCUGUGGUGGCAUUCCUGGAGUGUCUAACCAAUCCCUGCGAAGAUGGCAGACUCAUUGUGACUCCAACCACCAGUUCACAAACGGGCAGUAUCAAGUUCCUUCUGCUCAAUCCUGCGUCCCAUUUCGUCGAUGUUGUCACAGAAGCCAGAUCAGUGGUAGUUCAGGAGGCACAAUGAAGCCUAUAGCCGAGUUCAGAGACCAGCUGUUCGGUGGGGCUGGAGCGAACAAGAUCGAAUUUUGCAUUUUUCUUGCGGUCAUGUUGUCAGUCCUGAUCGCAUCCUGCCCAUUGUGCUGACCAUGGGCCAACCAACCAACUUUCGACUUUUCCUACGGAAACAG